ACGAGUCCAACCUGCCACAUUGAAAAUUAUACAGUGACUCGACUGUAUUGCGUGUUUCAAAGCGGAAGAAGCGACCGGCGUGUUAAAUUUUACCCAAUAUUAAUUCCUCUUAUAAUCGUCGAUUAAUCAAGAAAGAUGGAAAUCAUUACCAAUAGCCCAAAAGUGAAGUAUUCCGAAAAUUAUAUCGAAACCGAUUACGAAUACUUCACUAACAUCAUAGAGAAACAAGGAAAUCAAAUUUUGGUCACCCCACAUGCUGAGCAAAUAACUAUUAGAACUGAGAGGAAAGUUCCUAAAUUGGGGGUGAUGUUGGUCGGUUGGGGCGGAAAUAAUGGAUCUACGUUUACCGCGGGGAUUAUUGCGAAUAAAUUGGGGUUGAGUUGGCCCACAAAACGUGGAAUGCAACUUGCUAAUUGGUUUGGUUCAGUAACACAAGCAUCAACGAUUCGUUUAGGUCAAGAUGAAAAUGAUCAAGAUUACCACAUUCCCUUAAAAAAUCUUGUUCCAAUGGUAAAUCCUGAUGAUAUAAUAAUCGAUGGUUGGGAUAUUUCUGCGUUAAAUAUAGCGGAUGCGAUGGAAAGGGCGAUGGUUUUGGAACCAAUUCUUCAACAACAAUUAAGAGAACAUCUUGUUGAUUUAAAACCACGUCCAUCAAUUUUUGAUGCAAAUUACAUAGCAGCUAAUCAAGCUGAUAGAGCUAACAAUGUUAUUAAGGGUUCGAAAAGAGAACAGGUUGAGAGGGUUGUUCAUGAUAUUGAAGAUUUUAAGCAGAAAAAUAAGCUGGAUAAGGUGAUUGUUUUAUGGACGGCGAAUACGGAGAGGUUCAGCGAGGUUAUCGAGGGGGUUCACGAUACUGCUGAGAAUUUAAAAGCGGCUAUUGAUGAGGAUCAUUCAGAGAUUUCUCCUUCGACUCUGUUUGCUUAUGCAUCGAUUUUAACUAAAUCGAGUUAUAUUAAUGGAUCCCCACAGAAUACUUUCGUACCGGGAAUCAUUGAAAUGGCUGAAAAAGCUGGAACUUUUAUCGCCGGAGAUGAUUUCAAAUCAGGACAAACCAAGCUAAAAAGUGUUUUGGUUGAUUUCUUGAUUAGCGCUGGAAUAAAACCUGUUAGCAUCGUCAGUUACAAUCAUUUGGGGAAUAAUGAUGGCAAAAAUUUAUCAGCCCCUUUACAAUUCCGUUCUAAGGAAGUCUCUAAAAGCAAUGUUGUCGACGAUAUGGUCGACUCAAAUAAUAUUUUAUAUAAAAAAGGAGAAAAACCCGACCAUUGCGUUGUUAUUAAAUAUGUUCCCUAUGUUGGCGAUUCUAAACGCGCUAUGGAUGAAUACACCUCAGAAAUUAUGUGUGGGGGCACCAACACGAUUGUGGUUCAUAACACAUGCGAAGAUUCGCUUUUAGCAACUCCUAUAAUACUCGAUUUGGUGAUUCUUGGCGAAUUAUGCAAUCGAAUUCAAUUUAAAAACAAGGAAACAUCAUUUUGCUCUUUUCAUCCGGUUUUAUCGAUUUUAAGCUAUUUGUGUAAAGCACCAUUGGUUCCACAUGGUACCCCGGUGGUAAACGCUCUCUUUAAGCAACGGGCUUGCAUAGAGAACGUCUUAAAAGCGUGCAUUGGGUUACCUCCAGAUUCUCAUAUGAUGCUCGAACAUAAAGUUCCGUUUUUAAUGAAGGAACAUGGGGUAAUCAAGAAGGUAAAUGGACGUAAUCCAUUAAUCCUUAAUGGGGACUAUUAAGGGUUGAGUUUUAGAUUGUUUUUUUAAGUAUUGACCAGUAUUAAUAAGAACGUUUUUUCUAUUCCUAGUUAGUGGCCAUUUUUGUUAUAUUUUAUUAUUUUUUUAAUUAUUUUUGGAAUCUCUGUAGUUGUGAAAUCACGAUUUUAUUAUUACAAUUCCUUAAAUAAAGUUGAAAUGGUAUUU